CGGUCUGGCUCUGAAAGUGAAAACAAACUUUUGAAGGGCUGCCCGUUUCAGUGGAAACGCCACAGGUUUCGUUUCCGAGGGGGAAGCUAGGGGACGCGCCAAAGCUGCCGCCGGCGGGAGCUGAACUGGGGAGGGAGUGAGGGCGGGCGCGCUGGGGUUAGAGGCCCGGCGGGUGUCCAGAGGAGGAGGCCGAAGGGGGACAACAAAAAGCAGCAGGUCUGCGGUUCAAGCGGCGCCUCUUGCAAGAGUCCCACAUGCGAGCUGCAAACGUGAGCCCGGCGCCUCUCGCUUUCGGACAGCUUUUCCCGGCGGGUUGCUUUCCAUGCCGGUCGCCCUGUGUUGUAUAGCCAUCUAGUUUCCUUUUCAGCCAUGUGGGGCUAACUAAGGGGCAGGCGGGGAAGGGAGAAAGACUUUUCCCUGCCGCUUCUGGAGCAAUAAACAAACAUGGAGGAGGCGACCGGCUGCAAGGAGGAGCAGCAGAACCGCCUGGGCAACGGCGUGGCGAGCCCUGCCGAGGCUGCCAUGGACGACUCCUUGCGGUCUCGGGGAUUGUACCGCAAGCGGGUGGCGAAGGACGGCUCGUGCCUCUUCCGAGCGGUGGCCGAGCAGGUUUUCCACUCGCAGUCGCAGCAUCUUGAUGUUAGGAUGGCCUGUAUAAAUUAUCUGAGGAAAAACAGAGAGAAAUUUGAAGCGUUUAUAGAGGGGUCAUUUGAGGAAUAUCUGAAGCGCCUGGAAAAUCCACAAGAAUGGGUUGGACAAGUUGAAAUAAGCGCCCUUUCUCUUAUGUUCAAAAAAGAUUUUAUAAUAUAUCGGGAACCAAACUGCACUCCUUCUUAUAUAACUGAAAAUGGCUUUCCCGACAAGAUAUUGCUGUGUUUUUCAAAUGGCAAUCAUUAUGAUAUUGUCUAUCCUAUAGACUACACAAUCAAGGCUGCUCUUUGUCAGUCUAUUCUAUAUGAAUUGCUAUAUGAAAAAGUAUUUGGUGUUGAUGUGAAUAAAGUCUUAGAAGAACUGAACCAUGCUGAUUUGAUUAAGAAUGGCAGAAGAAACAGCGAAGAAUCUGAUUCAGAGGAUGAAGAUCUAGAGUAA